AUGAUUCUCUUACGGAGAAACUGUGGCCUGUCUGAAUGUAUCUCUGUCUACAUGAUAGCAAUGGCAGCAGCAGAUCUGCUAGUCAUGAUCAUCAAUGUAAUGUUGUAUUAUAUAUUCAGUAACCACUUCCCACUUUCAUUCCUGUCCUUCACUCCUGUGUGCAGGGUUAUUCUGUGCCUGAGUGUUGUCACCCUUGAUUUGUCUGUUUGGUUCACGGUCACCUUCACAUUUGACAGAUUUGUAGCUAUAUGCUACGCAAAGGUUAAAUUAAAGUAUUGCAUAGCGAGAACUGCCACGAAAGUUGUAAUAGCUUUCUCUACUUUUAUUGUUGUCAAGAAUAACCCCAUUGCAUUUGUCUAUGAAGCAGAACGAACAGUUAACAAUGUGCAGUGGGGCUGCCGGACAAUUGCAGUUUUCUCAUCUUUACGUGUUUCAUUACCUUACUCCUGGUUUCACAGCAUCAUGCUUGUUUGGCUUCCAUUUGCCUUAAUUAUUUUGUUAAAUUCUUUGACAAUCAGUCGAAUUUUAGUGGCCAGCAGAGCGCGCAGGGAACUCCGAGGUCAGCAGAGUGGGAUGCAAAGUGACGUUGAGGUGGAGAACCGAAGGAAGUCCAUCAUUUUGCUCCUCACUAUAUCGAGCAGCUUUGUAUUGCUCUGGAUGACGACUGCCGUGAGCUUCCUAAUGACCAGAAUAUCCAACACCAAUUACUACAGAGGUGACUACAUGGCUACUGGAUAUAUUGCCACAGAAGUUGGCGCUAUGUUGAAGCAUUUAAGUUCAUCACCAAAUACGUGCAUAUAUGCGGCUACUUAG